UUUCCUGCCAUGGAGAGCGGCGAGGAGCCGGCGGGAGGCUGCGAGGCGGCGUUCGCUGAAGCCCAGCGCUGGGUGGAGGCAGUUACUGGAAAAAGUUUUGGAACCAAAAGCUUUCGAGCAGCUCUAGAAAAUGGAGUCCUGCUGUGUGAUUUGAUUAACAAGAUCAAACCUGGAAUCAUCAAGAAAAUCAAUCGUUUGUCUACUCCAAUAGCCGGCUUGGAUAAUAUAAAUGUUUUUUUGAAAGCUUGUGAAAAUAUUGGAUUGAAAGAAGCUCAGCUUUUUCAUCCUGGGGACCUUCAGGAUUUAUCCAAUCGAGUUACAGUCAAACCAGAGGAGACCAAUAGAAGAGUGAAAAAUGUUUUGAUUACAUUGUACUGGCUUGGAAGGAAAGCUCAAAGCAACCCUCAUUAUAAUGGUCCAUACUUAAACCUUAAAGCAUUUGAAAAGUUACUGGGACAAGCUCUGACUAAGGCACUUGAAGAAUCCAGCAGUUUGAAAAGAAGUGGCAGGGAUAGUGGAUACGGUGAUAUUUGGAGCAUUGACCGUGGAGAAGCAUUUUCUUCAAUUAGCCAUAAAAGAGACGAUUCGUUUGAUAGCCUAGACUCCUUUGGUUCAAGAUCCUCUGCAAGUUUUUCAUCAGAUAUAACCUUGAAAGGUGGCAGUGAAGGUUGUGGAAGUGACACAGACUCUGAACUGCCUUACAAAAUGCACAAUUCCCAUAAAGAUGACAUGUCCUAUCGCAGACUAUCUGCAGUUGAACCAAAGCCUCUUACAGAUUUCAAUCGUUUCUUACCCAGUAAAAGUAAACCAUCAGCAUAUAUGCCAGCACCUUUGAGGAAAAAGAGGAUAGAAAAAAAUGAGGACAACAGAAGAAGCUGGGCAAGUCCUGUCUCCACCGAGUCAGAUGGAACACUUUCAAGUAACCAGAAGAGUCAGAGACACUUGGACCUUAAAGUGGAAAGCAAUCCAACCAUCCACAUUCAUUCAAAGUUUUCUGAGUAUUUUGAUGAUGAGGAAGAGAGAGCCAUAAGCAUCCCAGAUAUUGAAAAGGAUGAUCUAUAUGUUCGCAAGCUAAACUCAGCAGUGACAAAAGCGAUGGUUUCUUUUGACAAGUUUCUUCCUAAGUUUUGGACUCCAGAAGAAUUAGAAUGGAAAAAAAUCAAGAAAUAUUCUUCCAAAUCUUGGUAUAAGGAAUUUCAGGGGUUCAGUCAGUUUUCAUUACUUCAGGCCCUGCAAAAAUAUACUGACUACUUGUCUUCUGAAACAAAGACCAAAAUUGAUCCUACUUCUGGCCCUAGGCUCGUAACAUGCAGAAAGAAUGUUUCUUUUACACCAGGAUACAGUCAGAAGGAGACUGAGAAUGGAGAACUGUACCCAGACUUGGAAAAUGAUGAUUUAUUUGUACGGAGGACUGGGGCUUCCCAUGUGAAUCCAGUUGUUCUUCAGGAUCCUGACUAUUUUAAAAAAUCCUCUAAGCAAGAGCCUUCCCUAGAGGGUGAAAUAAUAUUGCAGCCCAGAGAAGAACAAACUGUGAUUCCAGACUUAGAAAAAGAUGACAUGAUUGUUCGUAAAGCCCAAGCACAGAAAAAAGCAGUGCCUUUAUCAGGUGCUCCAGACAAAUACCAUCCUGCACUCUUUCCUGAUCCUUGGAGCCUUCCAGAGGAAAUCCGGUCCAAAUUCCUUUGCUUACUUGAAAAGAGCAGCACGUUGCAAGAGAAAAAAAAUGCUGGUAUGGUAUUAUCACCCUCUUUACGACAGAAGGAUGAUAUGUUGACUCGAAAGAUCGACUCUUGGAAAGUAGGAAGCAUUGUGCAGCCAAUCAGUUUUAUACCAGGUCCAUGCAGUGAAGAAGACUGGAAAAAAUGGGAAGCUAUCCGAGAAGCCAGCAAAGUUAGACACAAGAAGCGGCAGAUGGUUGAGAGACUGUUUCAAAAGCUUUCUGAUGAGCAUGGGAGUAAGUCUUUGACUGAUAUCAGCGCAGAUGAGCUGCAGUCAAUGCGCAAGAUUCGUUUUGAAGAGCUACAGAAAAUAAAAGCCCAGCUACAAGAACAAGACCAAAGGUGGCAAGAUGAUCUUGCAAAAUGGAAGAGUCGCCGAAAAAGUUUCACUUCAGAUUUGCAAAAGAAAAAGGAAGAAAGAGAAGACAUUGAAAGGAAAACCUCUGAGGUUUCUGUAAGAAAUACCAAAUCACUGAAAGAAAUGCAGCGAGACAGGGAGAAGAGAGAUCACGAAACCUAUGGUGACAACCAGCGAACAACUGAACGCAAGUGGAUUUAUUCGUCAUAUGAUGAUGUGUUUAGUGAAGAAAAAACAUCUUCUAGAUCCUCAGUAGCAAAAGAUUACUUAGUUGAAAAAGAUACCACUGAUGUGUUUAAGAACAAUGAAAAACCUUUAGCUGCGCCAACUAGCAAAGAGAAUUUGCAGAAGUGGGAGAGCUAUGCAACAGGUGAAACGCAAAUUCCAUCUAAAAGCCUGUCCGAAAAACAGAGCUCAGCUCCUUUGUCUACUCACCAUUCAGUGAAUGCACAAACUGGGUCAGCUCGGGUUUCAGCUUCUCUACCCAGAAGUUACCAGAAAACUGAUACCUCUAGGUUAACAUCUGUGGUUACACCAAGACCUUUUGGUGUCCACACACGAGGAAUCUCAUCACUUCCUAGAUCAUUUACGAUGGAUGAUGCCCAGAAGUAUAACGGAGAAGUAGAUAGAGCCAAGAGAGCUCCAGCUUUGUUCACCAGCAAUUCAUUUUCACAACCAGAAACAAGACAGCCUCUUUCUACCACUGCACUGAAAAGUGGCAAUGAAGAUGCAGAGGAUGAGGAAGAGGAGGAGGAAGAAGAAAAGGAGGAAGAUAUUAAAAGAACAUAUUCGCCUAUUUCAGUAGCCUCUGCUGUAUCCCAGGACCAGGAUGCUGGAAGCCAUGGUCUUAAAUCAGAGUAUUAUACUUCUCCUGACUCUGUUACAGUUGCACCCUCUGCAGAAAGAAGAAGCCUGCCAGAGCCUGAGGUUUCAAGGUCACGGGACCAGUACAGUGAAAUGAGAAUCAGUAUAAACCAGAAACCGGGUAAGAGCCACAACUUUGGGUUUACAGCAAAUUGGAAUACUUCUGGGGUCUUUGUGCAAUCAAUUGAAAAAGGUAGUCCUGCAGAUCUUUGCCAACUGCAUGUAGAUGAUGAAAUCAUUACUGUCAGCGGCACAAAGGUGUCACACAUGGACCCUGCUGAGGGGGAAGAAGCCAUUGCUAAUGCUCUAGAAACUGGAAACCUGGUCAUGGAUGUCAGACGAUAUGGAAAGAAUGGUACAUCUGAAAAUAAAUGGAUUGAUGCAACUUCUGGAGAUCAUUUUCCCACUACUUCUUCAGACAUAUCAACAAAAACAGAUUUCAACAGCAGUCUUCAAAAUUCUGAUACCGGAGCCAAAGUGAUAAAUGGGAUGCAAGCAGAUUUGUGUUCUAAUGAGCAAAAAGAAUCUGAAUCUAUUUCUUUGAAAAACUUAAAAAGACGAUCACAAUUUUUUGAACAAGGAGGCUCAGAAUCUGCAAUAUCUGAUCUUUCAGUCCCAUCCAUUACUGUUCCUAGUCGCCGGGUUUGGGAUCAAGAGGAAGAGAGAAAACGACAAGAAAAAUGGCAAAAAGAACAGGAACGUUUACUGCAGGAGAAAUAUAAACGUGAGCAAGAGAAAUUGAGGGAAGAAUGGCUGCGGGCUCAGGAGGAAGCAGAAAAAGAAAGUUCAAAAUACCAAGAUGAGGAGCAGUGCGUCCUAACUGCAGACACGAUGUCUAUCACUGCACAUGUGCCCUUGGCUUCUAGUUGGAGAACAGUCAUGGGAGGAGAUGCUGAUGUUCCUGAAGGAGGUGGAGGAAGUGAACAGGGGUCACAGCAGCAGCAGAAUGAGAAAGAGAAAGAUGAGGAAAGGAGGUGGCUUCAGGAGGAACAAGGACUCGAGGAGAAAGAAAUCCUCCACUUGAAACAAAAAAGUGAACUCCAAGAGCUAGAGCUUGAGCAAAGACGUAAGGAGAUAGAGCAGCAGUAUACUGAGGACCAGAAGCGGUGGGCAGAGGCAGAGGAGCAGCAUCAAAGAUUUUAUAAACAUUAUGAUGAACCUAAAACCAUUGAGGAUCGAUCUGGCCACUUUCUUGCUGACAGAAGUAAAUCCAGGUCAACUUCAGAAUUGGAUGAUUACACCACAAACAGAAACGGUACAAACAACAAAUACUUGGAAAAAUCUCGGAAUGUUCCUGAUUCGCAGAAAGGGUCUCAGAAAGAGCCUGCCAUGUCCCAAGCAGAGGCAGAGAGACAACAAAUCCUUCAGGAAAUGAGAAAGAGAACGUCACUGCAUACAGACAACAGCUGGAUUAGGCAGCGCAGUUCCAGUGUAUAUAAGGAACCCAUUACUGUACACAACACUUUGAUGAGGAGAGGUGAAUCUCUAGACAAUCUUGAUUCUUCAAGAACAAGCUCGUGGAGACAUCAUUCAUGGAUGAAUCAGUCUGUCUCAUCUAGUCAAGAUUAUACUCGCCCUGCUCCUCCAGCAGGGUCUACUUCAAAUCGGGCCUACACAUGCACUCCCUCCUCCAAUGUAGCACCUUCAUCAACCAGCUCUGUCAGAACAGCAUCUUCGACCCACACUCUCCCAUCAGCACCAUCUCCUGUUCCUUGCGCUCAGUCUCCUACCUCUGCUUCCCAAUCCGGGUCUCAGACACGGAAUAAUGUGUGGCUUGUAAAUGCAACCUUGGAGGAUCAGGCUCGGGAGCUGAAGUCAGAAUUCGAAACAAUGAGCUCUUCUGCAAUGACUGCUAUAUCAGAUUUAAAACUGGACAGCCAACCUCCAUGUGAAGCGAACGUAGAUAUGAAGCCAUUGCUGCAGAUAGAGGAGGAGGUGCUUGCUGCUGAUGUAGAUCUAUAAAUAUAUAAUGUGUGUUUUUAAGAGUAACCUUUUUUUGCCCUUCUAGAUUUCAUAGAAGACGAGCUAUAUCCUUCAUAUACCUGUACUUUUAUUUAUGAGAAAGUAAUUACAAUAAGAUAAUAUCUUGGGGAAAAUGCAUUCACUUUGAGCUCAACCUCUCAAGCACAAAGAAGAACAAGCAUCAGUAAUAACUUCAAAAUAUGUUUGAGGCUAAUAAUUAAGUAGCUGAAUUUCCUAUGAUGCAUGAAGAGGGUAUUUCUGUUUUUAUGCUCUUAAAACUAUAGAGCACUAUAGGAAUAAUUAAUAUAAACGUGUAUUUGCAAUCGCUGUCUUCAUUUUUUAACAUGCUGCAAAGUGAGUUCUCUAGAGUAAUAUGAAGCUGCAUUAAAAUGCACACCAACGUGUUUGCUUCCUGUAUGCUGGUUUCUAAAAUUGUUUAUUUGCUUUUUGAAACUAAGAUACCAAGUAUAGUCUGCUCAGUGGUGAAGGCAUAAUGUGCUACACACAAACAAUGGAAUCCAUUUGAGGGAAUGGUUUCUCCUUUUCACUUUUGACAGAUAAAAGUAUCACUUUCCCUAAAACAAGUUAAUUCAGGAAGUGGAGGAGUUUUCUGUUGAAUUACAGUAUAUUUGUAAAUAUUUUUUCUGAUGCUACAUUGACUUUUUCCUUGUCUUACCUGCCUUUUGCAAAAUAUUCAUGUCCACAGAAUGAAUUGCUGAACAAUAAACCUGAUUGUUUGAA